AACAAAACUGAAAAAGAAGAAGGGGGAUGGUGCAGCCCCAACCCGAUGGCCCAAUGCAGUGGGACAUGUCAGGAGAGGAGAGUGGAGGGGCCCUCAGGGUCCCACCAGAGCUGGCUGCCAAUGAAGUGGUGACCAGGUUACUGGGUGAUAACCAGCAGCUUAGAGAGGCCUUGCGGCGGAGCAACCUCGCCUUGCGUCAGCGCUGUGAGGAGAUGGAGGGAUGGCAACGAAGGACAAGAGAGGAAAGAGAAUUUCUCAGCUCUCGUUUCCAGGAGGCCAGGGCCCUGGUGGAGAGGCUGGCUCAGGAGAACCACUCCUUAAAGGGUCUGGUGAAUGGACCUGCCUCCUCCUCUAACCACUGCUGCAGCUCCAGCCAAACCGAAGACCAGCAGGGACGCCCUGUGAGGAAUGGCCCGCUUGAUGGACCGCAGACUCUAGAUCAGAGGGAGAGGAAGAGAGUUGAGGAGACAGAUCAACACACGCAGACCACACCUCCUCGCAGCCUGGGUGAUGCAAGUGUGCAUAGCUCCUUGAGCAGCACCCUCCCCACUCCCCCCACCUCUUUAUCAGAGGUACUGGGGGAGCUAAUGGGCAGGGAAAAUGGCCAGCCCGUGGAAGGUGCUAACGAAUUCCUUCAGUUGCUCAAGAGCCAUAAAGAAAAACUGGAGGAAGGGAUGAGAGAGCUGAGGAGGAAGAAUGAAGAGCUGGAGAGGGACAGAGACGAGGGAGAGAAAGAGAGAGAGCGGAUGCGUCGCUGCAUUGACCAGCUACGAGCCAAAUUGGCCCAGGCACAGGCAAGCAAUGUUACUGAGGAGGUUGUUCAACAUCGCUCCGAGGCACAGCACUCUUCUGACUGCUCUAGCCUGGCUAAACUCACAGAGCAGCUUCAGGCCACACAGGGCAGGUAUCGGGAGCUGGAGGAGAAGCUUGAUUACCUGCAGAAGAGUUCAGCUCAGCGGGACAGAACUGAAGCUCUGCUCAAACAGAAGGACAAGGACUGUGCUCAGAUGGCCAAGGACUGUGAGGCUCUGAAGGCUCAGGCAACUUCCCUCCUAGGAGAACUGAACGAGAGACAGAGCUGCUUAGAGAAAAGCGAGCAUGAACGCAAAAUAUUGGAGGAAAAGCUGUGCAGUAAGCUGAAGGCCCUGCAGGCAGCAGAGCGGGAGCUGGAGCAACAGAAGAAGCAGCAUAAUGUGGCAAUGGACAAGCUGCUGCUGCAGACCCAGAGCCUGGAGCAGGCCCUGAAGACAGAGAGACAUGUCGUCACAGAGGAGAAGAAAAAACUGACACAACUGCAGCAUGCCUACACGUGUCUCUUCAGAGACUAUGACUCGAAACUGAAGAGUGAGGGAGGAGAUCUGUGUGGCCGACUAGAGGAGGCAGAGCGAGCGCUGGCCCUGAAACAGGAUCUGAUUGAUAAGCUGAAGGAAGAGGUGGAGCAACAGAAAGGCUCACUGGAGACCGUUCCUGUCCUCACUGCCCAGGCUGAGAUCUACAAGGCAGAUUUCCUAGCAGAGCGAGAAGCAAGAGAGAAAUUGAACCAGAAGAAGGAAGAGCUGCAGGAUCAACUGAAUCAGGCCAUGGCUGAGAUAGAGAGGAUCAAACAGGACGCUGCAUCACGGGCACGUAUGGAGCAGAUGAAGAUGAGACACAUGGAAGACUUUCCACCACGGGCCCCACUUAUUCCCCCUCCACAAGGUGUGUUCCCCAGUCCAGCUUUUAACACGGUGCCCCCUGCCUCUUCAUUCCGCAAUCAGGGUUUGGUACCAGUUGGUGACCAAGGGGCAGCUGGAACUGAGGAGCUCCCUGAUUUAUGUUGUCCUAAGUGCCAGUACCAGGCUCCAGAUAUGGACACACUGCAGAUACAUGUCAUGGACUGUAUACAGUAACAUGAGCAUAGUUCAGCAUGCCAUGACAACAACAACACACAUGCAGAUAUAUAUGUAUACAGUAUACUUACGUUUUUAACAUUCAGCGUGUCUGCUGCCAGCUGUGGGCACAGCCUAGAAAAACAUGUUUGGUAGUUGCACCUUACUCUCUCUGCCAUGCAAACACAUACCAAUAUGAGUACAUACCGUGAAUCUUAUAAUUUUUAAAGUUGAAUAUGUUGAAAUCAAGACAAGUGGCAAUCAGAUGACAUGAACAAGUGAAAAGAACUGACAGCAAGAUAAUCAGCAUGGUAUUUCCUAGACCUACUCCAUGUUUCUGCAGUAGCUUUUCCAUUCCGCACCCCAUCCCUUUCUCCUCAUCCUUUUUGUCUCCCUGCACCUGUUCUUUUAUUUGCCCCCCCCCACCCCC